GUAUGUUUAUCUAAAUUUAAAUUAAAUUCUAAACCUAUAUGUGUAAAAAUUAACGCUUUUAGUGAGUACCCUAGAUAAUAAUGAUAAUUAUUAGUAUGAGUGAUAGAAUCAUAUAAAAACAUUUUGCAUGAAUACCAAAGUUUUGUAAAUGAUUGAUUUCUACCAUUAAUUUUGUAAACUGGCAACAUUGUAACAUAUGUUUGAUUGAAGCCUUGACUUUGAUAAAACAAUUGUAGAACUCAAAUUUACUGCCUGUCUUUGGAUUUCGUACCCUAAUUAUCGGCUAAUUAACAGUAUUAUUGUGCGCAACUUUUAUUGAAGAUUAAAAACAGUGUUCGUACAAUGCGGUCUGCAAAGUUCUGGAUAGAUGGAGUAACAUAUAAUAUUGGAAAAGAUACACAAAAUACCAAAAACUUCAAAACUGAAACAGCUGAAGGUAAAAUAUCCACUAAAUUUCGUCUUCCAACUGCUUAUUAUCAUAAAAUUUACAAUGAUCCCAAGUUUAAUUUAUCAAGAAUAAAGAAAACCAACUCAACUGAAGUCCUACUUCCAAAAGAAGGAAAUGAUGGAGAUGUCAUCAUCACUGGUGAUAAUAUAAAUGAAGUUGCAGAUGCCAGAGAAGAAUUUCAUUUAUUACUACAGUCAAUCAGAUCAAAAAUCCCACCAAGACAAUUUAUAUCUAUACCUACCUUAAGCGAUGAAGUUAAGAACAACUUCAAACAAUUUAAAGAUGAAUUAUUAAAUAGAGAAGCAUCUAUACCUAAUCUAGAUGAGAGUGUUUUUCAAAAACCUGAGAAACUUCACAUCACCGUCUGUGUCUUUGCAUUGCUUGAUCAAGUAGAGAUUGAUGAAGCAAUCAAGUCAUUACAUGAGUUGAAAGAAAAAAUAGUAGCUCCUUAUUUUAACAAUACACCAGCACAAAUUAGACUUAAAGGUAUCAGCUGUAUGGACACGAAUCUAAAGAGAACUAAUAUUCUUUAUGCUAAUGCAUCACUUGUUGAUGAGACUGUAGAUUACAACCUGCAAACUGUUGGGAAUAAGAUGGCAGAGUUUUUCUACAAUAAAGGAUUUAUGAAAGAAUUGAGAGACAGUGUGAAGAUACACGUAACUCUGAUUAACACAAAAUAUCGCAAAUCGUCUAAUUCACAGAAGAAACACUGGAAGAAGAGAAUACCAAUCGAUGCAACUGCAAUCAUGCAGGAUUACAAAGACUAUGACUUUGGCAUCUGUAACUUUGAUACGUUUCAUUUAUCUUUAAUGUCUAGCAAUAGUAAAAGUGAGAAUGGAUUUUAUACACCAUUGUCCAUUGCUGAACUGACAUAAAAUGUGUAUGUUUCCAGAAAAACGUUAUAUUUUAUGAGCAACCAUGAAUUUUAUGUUUAGUUCUAUAAAACUAUCCCAGAUUGCUAAUAUGUUUAUAUUUCUGUAUCAUAAAAAUGAUGAUAACUGUACUGAAGUUAUUUCGAACUGUAAAUACCAGUAAAACACUAAAAACGU